AUAGAUGUGUCUGUGCAAAACAUUCCACUGAAUGUGACAGUGAGGGACCGCAUCGUGGGAGAGGGAGGGAAGGAGGGAGAAUAACAGUGACACUAGGACAGAGCGAGAGACUGAGAAAAGGAGGUGGAGAGAAAUAGAGAGACAGAUGAAGAGGGAGUGUGUGACCACAACAGAGAGAGGGAGAGAGUGAAUGAGUCGGGGAGCGAGGGGAUAGGGAGCAGGACAGGAGGAGAGAAAGGCAGACGGAGAGAGAAACAGACAGGGAACAGAGGGUAGGAGAGAGAGAGUUAGAGAGAGAGAGAAGGGGGAAGAGAGGGAGUGGUGGCUGUGGGGGGGGGGGUGUGUAGAAAUAGAGACAGCGAGAGGGUGGAAGCUAAGAAGAGACACGCACACAGCCUCAGCACCAGGAGCACUGACAGGACGGAUUCCUCGGGAUGAGUAACAGCGAAGCUAAAGAUUACAUUUCCAAAAAGCAAAUCCCUCUGCUGUUCGAGAGUAUGUUGACAGGCCUCAUGUACCAUCGGCCCGAGGAGCCCCUGGAGUAUCUGGAGAACUGCCUAAAGAAAGUCCGAGAGAUUGGGGGCUUGGAGAAAGUUCGGUGGGACAUGUUCAUCGUUCAGGAGAAGAGGGCACUGCCAGCUGUCGGUGGGAGCCAGGGGAAGAGAACGAUUUAUCGAAGUGCUUUCUCAGAGAGCCGCAGCAUCAGUCACUAUCGAUAUGAUCGCCUCCCUCCAAUUCACCAGUUCUCCAUUGAGAGCGACACCGACCUCUCAGAGACAGAUGAGCUCAUCGAGGAAUACAUGGUGUUUGACCCAUCGAAACCCCGGCCAAGGAUCAUCCUGGUCAUCGGUGGGCCAGCUAGCGGCAAGGGAACCCAGAGCAUGAAAGUAGCUGAGCGUUACGGGUUUGUCCACAUCUCUGUGGGGGAGCUGCUGCGGGACAAGAUGCUUCAUAACGCCAGCAACAACCGGAAAUGGGGCUUGAUCGCGAAAAUCAUCAUGAAUGGAGAGCUAGCUCCUCAGGAGACUACAAUAACGGAGAUUAAGCAGAAGCUGAUGCAGCAGCCGGAUUCCCCGGGAUUUGUAAUCGAUGGAUUCCCCCGUGAGGUCUCCCAGGCUAUCUGCUUCGAUGAUCAGAUCUGUGUUCCAGACCUGGUGAUCUAUCUGUCGUGUGCCACCUGCCACCUGAAGGAGCGCCUAGAGAAACGGGCAGAGGAGGGCAGACCUGAUAACAACCCGAAAGCCAUACAGCGUCGCCUGGUCACCUUCAAACAAAACACCGUGCCUCUUGUGCAGUAUUACCAGGAGAGGAACCUCAUUGUGACGUUCGAUGGUGACAGGCCUGAGGGUGAGGUGUUUGAUGAAAUCCGAGCGACUGUUGAUGGAAAACUCACCCCCAACAAUGAGCCAGUGCCCGGGACCAGUCGCUCUGCAGGUGUGAGUCCCAAAGCAGAGAAACAGAUUGCUGCUGCUGCUGCUUCUGCCUCAGCCGAGGAGCUCCUACAAGAAAAGCUGAAAGUCACCAAAAUUAUCUUUGUAAUUGGGGGCCCUGGCUCUGGUAAAGGCAGUCAGUGUGAGAAAAUGAUGGAGAAAUAUGGCUUCACACACCUGUCGACAGGAAAUCUCCUGCGGAAAGAGAUCAGCAAUGAAACAGAGCGAGGAAACAAGAUCAAGAAGAUUAUGCUUGAAGGAGGCCUGGUGCCUUUGGGAACGACCUUAGAGAUUCUGAAGGACGCAAUGUUGGAAAACCUGCAGGAGACCAAGGGUUUCAUGAUAGAUGGAUACCCUCGAACUUUAAAACAGGCUGAAGCCUUUGAUAAAUCUUUUACACUUCCCACUGUUGUGCUGCUCAUUGACUGCAGCCCUGAAGUUAUGAAGGAAAGGCUGAUUAACCGUGGACAGACCAGCGAGCGGUUCGAUGACAACGAAGUGACUAUAGCCAAACGGGUAGAAUCUUACUUUGUCGACUCUGUACCCGUUGUGAAACAUUAUGAUGCUAAAGGACUUCUGAAGAAGAUCCAAGGAGAAGGAACGGAGGACGAUGUUUUCCAAAGUAUCACUGCGAUUAUUGAUGAACUCUAACAGCCUCAGACUGUAGUUGGAAAACCCCCUACAGGAACUGACCUGGGAUCAGAUUACCCACAGUUUUCAUCGAGUUUUGUUUUCGUGACUGCUUAGGAGGAUUUACCAGGAUCAACAGCACCAAUAAAAUGAGAGUUUAAAAACUCGUGGAUAACUUUCACCCACAGCCCUUUAGAAAUGAAUGUUCUAUGCCAGUGAUUUUGUGUGUAUACGUUCUUUAUAAACAGGCAGGAAGAA